GGUGAGUCACAUGUUUCUCUAGAACAGAUAGAGAUCAAAUUAAAAGGAAAAGAUUUUCACAGUGAUCUCCAGAACUCUUCAAAAUGAGCAAAAAUACCAAUAUUCGAAUCAGUCUUCCAGCAGUUUGCUUUGUCUGGCAGAUUGGUAUGAUCAUUUUAUUUGGUGUGUUCAUACGUUAUAAUGAGGAGUCCGAUGCCCACUGGCAUGAACACAGGAGAAAGAGAAACAUUUCCAGUCAUAUAGAGAAUGACUUUUACUAUAGAUACCCGAGCUUUCAGGAUGUGCAUGUAAUGAUCUUUGUCGGUUUUGGGUUCCUCAUGACUUUUCUGAAGCGCUAUAGUUUUGGAGGAGUCGGCUUCAAUUUCCUCAUCGCAGCCUUUGGGAUUCAGUGGGCUCUGCUGAUGCAAGGAUGGUUUCAUUAUUUUGACAAUGAAGAUUGGAAGAUAAAAAUUGGGAUUGAGAACCUCAUCAAUGCAGACUUCUGUGUGGCCAGCUGUCUUAUUGCAUAUGGCGCUUGUCUUGGAAAGGUCAGUCCAGUCCAGCUCAUGGUCCUAACACUGUUUGGAGUAAGCUUGUUUGCAAUUGAGGAGUAUAUUAUUCUCGAGCUCCUUCAUGUAAAAGAUGCUGGUGGUUCCAUGGUCAUUCACACUUUUGGAGCAUAUUAUGGUUUGACCAUAUCUCGGGUUCUCUAUCGACCAAGUCUGUCUCAAAGCAAGCCUUUACAUGGAUCGCAGUACCAUUCAGAUGUGUUUGCAAUGAUUGGCACUCUCUUCCUUUGGAUGUACUGGCCCAGUUUCAACUCCGCCAUUGCAGAUCGUGGAGAUGGUCAACACAGAGCGGCUAUAAACACGUACCUUGCACUGGCUGCAUCAGUUCUCACUACUUAUGCUGUUUCAAGUCUUUCACAGAAACAUGGAAAGCUUGACAUGGAGCAUAUACAGAAUGCCACUUUGGCCGGUGGGGUCGCAAUGGGGACUGCUGCAGAGUUUAUGAUUACGCCAUACGGCUCUCUGAUAGUGGGAUUCUGUUCAGGCUUGAUUUCCACACUUGGAUACUGGUUUCUGACUCCCUUCUUGGAAAAAACUCUGAAGAUCCAGGACACGUGUGGUGUACAUAACCUUCAUGGAAUUCCGGGAAUUUUAGGAGCAGUUGUUGGAGCCAUCACAGCAGCUGCUGCCAGUAGUUCAGUUUAUGGAGAUGAGGGGUUGCUUAAUACCUUCGACUACUUAGCCAUUUCUGACAGAACCGUCAAUGUUCAGGGAGGUUACCAGGCUGCUGGUCUUUUUGUAGCAAUAGGGUUUGGACUUGUAGGUGGCGCUUUGGUUGGGGGCAUUCUAAAGCUGCCAAUCUGGGGAGACCCAGCAGAUGCCAACUGCUUUGAUGAUGAUGUUUACUGGGAGCUUCCUGAUGAUGACCAUGACAAUGUCUCCAUACACCAAAACGUGAACCAUGUUGCCCCCAUAAGUAUGCCCGCAGAUCUAUGAACGAAGCAAUCUAUAGACGGAGAAUCAAUGAAAUCACAAGUGGAAAUUUCCAGUCAUGUGCUGCAGGUUAUACAUUGCCAUAAAUCCAAACCAUCUUUUUAAUAGCACCUGUCAAACUAGAUUUUUCAAUGUUGCUUCCACAAACAGAAGUCUCAGCGUCUGACUUCUUAAAUUCUUUACAUUCUGACAUGAUAUAAGAGCUCAUUAAAACCCCAUGACAUCAAGUUAAUGAAGAAACCUAUCAGUAUUUGUAAUGCCAAUGACCUUUCUAGAAUAAUCAUCUAAAACCUGUAUGACUUUAAUAGCACUUUAUUCUAGUUUGUUAACUGUUGAUGUAAACAGUUUCCAUUAAAAUAAAAUGAAAAUUAAUGUGCUCAAUGAAAUUAACAGAUUCAGCCCUAAACUAGUCUCCUGCUGCUCUGAGAAGUGUUUUGGCUGAAUAAAUUCACUUAUAAAGUCAAUGAUGGCCAUUUAAAUUAGAUCAUCUCAUUGUACUGUGGAAAUUUUGAAGAGGUUUUUAACAAAAGCCAGCUAUUGCCUGCUAUAGCAAUCUGGAAAACUAUGCAACAAUGCUGUCCUACAUUUGAAUAACAGGUGUUGAAAUAAACACGUCAUUUACUGUAGUUACAUUUGUCACCCUAAAUUUUUUUUUUGCCUUAUAGUUGUGUAUGUUUUUUCUUUAUAGUAUUCCCUUCUUGUUCUAAUAAUGUAAAUCUGUACAUACAUGUUAUUAUAUGUGCAGACACACAUUAAUAUUAGUCAAUGUGACAUGUAUCUGCACUGUUCAGUGUUUGCUUAUACUUGUGCCUAAAAAUGUAACACUUGUAAGUUUAUAUCGUAUAUACUGUUCGAUUGUAUUCUUUUUUGAGUUGAUCAUAUGCAUUGUAUUUUUUCAUUUGUUUACUAUAUAUUUUAUUAUAAUAAUUUAAAAUAUAUUAAAAUGUCCCCAAAAAUAUUUGCUGAAAUAUAAUUUGGAAUAUCUUUAUAAAAUAUAUUUUUUACAAAUUUAUUUUUAAAAAUUUGUGUACAUUUUAAAAUACAUUUAAAUAUAUUUAGCCCUACAUAUAUUCAGUCUUUUGUUACAAACAUAACAUGUUUAAAAAGGUUAAACUUAAAAGUAUACUUUUUUGCACAAGAAUAUUUUUUGGUAAAUGUAAAAUUAGAA